GAUGCAGAAGAAGCGCUGUGGGCGAUCUGGCCCACGGCCCGGCCGGAACCUGCACAAUGCUGCUGGCCUCUCAGGAAGGUUCCUCCUCGAGGAAGAGGACGGAGCUGAAUCGCUGGAGGCAGUUUGCGAGGAAGCCAAAGCCCCAGAUUGCCUUUGAUCCUGACAAUGUGGAACACUGGAUGAAGAAAGUGGAAAAAGCCUCAGAACUUGCUGUUUCCAAAGUUUUUUCUUCUGGAAAUUCAGAUAUAUCUAAAAGACUUUUGGACCAAAUUAUAGAUCUGGAAGUAUCUGAACAAAUGGAGGAUCAUGAUGAAAUCUAUGCAGAAGCUCAGGAGCUGGUCAAUGACUGGUUGGACAUCAGACUUCAACAGGAACUGGCAAGUGAUGGAGAAGAUGAUGCAGAAACUACUGUGCCGAGUGUCCCUCCUGUACUAGAAACACAUCACCAUUUGAAAUAUGACAGGUUUGAUGAUUUAUGUGACUAUUUGGAGGAAGAAGAGGAAGGGGACACUGUUAAAAAAUUUAUAGAUCAUCUGCUCCAUAAAGAUGUGGUGGAUUCUGGGGUGUUGGAUGAUCUUCGAAUGAAGGAAAACCAAGACCAGAAGCAGCAGAAGGAUCCUCGUCUUACCAUGGAGAUGAGACAUAAGCAGGUAAAAGAAAAUCGCUUAAGACGUGAAAAAAAACUGGAGCGCCAGCGAAUUGAAAGGAACCUGAAAAAAUCAGCAUUUCUAGAGGCUCAGUAUCUGGUACAAGAAGAGAAGAAAAGGAAGGCUCUGGAAGCCAAGAAAGAGGAGGAAGAAAUUCGAAGGGAGAUGGUAAAGCUGCGGAGGGAGAUCAUUGAGAGGAGAGUCACUGUUGAGGAAGCAUGGAAAUUAGAGAAGAAAAAGCAAGAAGAACGUUCUUCAAAACCUCCAGAAAAAUACAUGUUUCAAAAUGUUCAUAUUCAGCUGGAUGAAGAAAAAAUGGCAAAAGAAAGAAAGAAGAAAUUGAAAGAGUUAUUAAUUCAGACAUUCAAGGAAAAUCACCAGUGUCAAAAAAGGUAUUUUUCUGCCUGGCACAAGCUGAUUCUUGAUCAUAGGAUUGAGUUGGGGAAAGCCGGAACCCUGUCUGACUGGAAGCUUCAACUGAAGGUCCUGCGGGCCUGGAGAGACUAUACACGGUCCCAGAAACUGAAGCGGGAGACACAGACCAUGGAAAACGAACUCAGAGAAGAAAACAGAAAACAACAAGUGGCCACUGAGUAUAACCGGAAACAAGUUCUCCAGCACCACUUCACGGAAUGGCAACACUGGCUUCGAGCAGAGACCCUCAGGAGAGAGCUGACUGUGACAAAGGAGGGAACCAGAAAGAAAAUGAAUGAGCUGCUGAAGGCAGCGUCUCUAGGGAAACUCUGCGCAGGUGGGUCAUCAGCCGUCGGUCCCCAUCAGGAGGCAGCAGCCGUGGGAAGUCCACCGGAAAACAGGGGAGAGGUGACUGUUGUACCCCCUCUGUGGGAAAAGCCUCUCUCAGGGGACAGUGAUUAUAUGUCCAGCCCACCUGUGGGCACACCGACAGAGGGCGACCUGCAGGUUCCCUUCCACAGUGCGCCUGACAAGGGUCAACCCCAGCUUGUGGAUACCCAGCCCGCCAGACCGCCCCGCCGCAGAGAGAAGCUCCCGGCCACCAGCCAGCAAGAAGUACCCGUUUACGUGGGUCGUGCUCACAGUCGCGAGGCCUUCCAGCAGCAGCUGAUUGAGAAGCAGAAGAAGAAACUGCAGGAACAGAAUAAGGUCAUUCUGGAGCUGAAGGAAAAGCAGCGGCUGACAGAGGCCCGGUGGGCAAGGGAGCUCUCCACAGCAGUGACCAGAACACAGAUCCGCCUCCUUUCAAACCCCAGAGAAGAGACAAAAAGAGCCAGCAAAGUCCUUCCCGAUUUGCCUCUUGCUUCCCCUGGAACUGAAGAUUGUCAAAGUAAUUCCCGAAAUUCUCUUCCCGGACCCAAAAAGAGUCAGCAGCAGAAGACGGCACCUCAUCCCAUAUUGAAAGCCAUGGAAGAGAGAGCAGUUCAGAGAACAGAACGUAGACGAAUCUUGGCAGAGAAGAAGAAGCAAAAAGAAGAGGAGAAAUUGGCACAGUUAAGGGCCGAAGAGGAGGAGCGUCAGAAGAGGGAAGCAGAAGAAAAAGAAGCUCAGCUUAAGAAAAAAAGAGAAGAGAAAAGACUAAAGAAGAUGAAAGAACUAGAGAGGCAGAAGAGAAUUAAGAGGAAUCAGCAGCUGGAGGCGAUAGCCAAAGAACAUUAUGAAAGGGCCUUGCUGAGGAAAAAAGGUCUGGAACCUUGGAAGAAAUUAAGAAUGCAAAGCAAGCAAAACCUACAGGUCGCCAGAGAACACUACUCUCUGGCCCUCCAGAGGAAAUGCCUGCUCACCUGGUUUCAGUGGAGUCAGGAAAACGUGGCCGAGAAGACAGCACGGAGUGAUCAGUUUUAUUCACAAAUGCUGCUCCGGAGAGCUGUCCGGCGCUGGGCACAGCAUUUGGCUGAUAUGAAGGAAGAAAUACAGAAGAUACGUGAGCAUUUUCUUCAGAAGAAGAUUUUCAGGGCUUGGUGGAACGCAGCCAGGAAGGCCAAACUCCAGUCUCAGAGGAAGCAGGAGAUUGCAGCACAGCACCAUACCAGGAGGAUUGUCUGGAUUACAUUUCAGACAUGGAAGACAUUCACAAGACUUAUGAAAGAGGAAAGGGUGAAAGAAGAAAGGCGAGAGCAACUCCGCAGGAAGGUGGCUGAAAUCCUUCCAGACUUCCGGGCGCCCUCCCCACCCUGACCGUAUCAGCAGAUGCAAGA